CGGUACCUGUCGGAGUAUAUAUAUCAUAAUGUUGCAGCAUCAAAGGAGGCCAAUAAAGUGAUAGAGAUCAACCCUUACCUGUUGGGCACCAUGUCCGGCAGCGCUGCAGACUGUCAGUACUGGGAGAGACUGCUGGCUAAAGAGUGCAGACUUUACAAACUGCGUAACAAGCAGAGGAUCUCAGUGUCUGCAGCCUCCAAGCUGCUGUGCAACAUGAUGCUGGGAUACAGAGGCAUGGGUCUGUCUAUGGGGAGCAUGAUCUGCGGCUGGGACAAACAGGGUCCAGGUCUGUACUAUGUGGAUGAUAAUGGCACUCGUCUCUCCGGCCGGAUGUUCUCCACUGGCUGUGGGAACAGUUAUGCGUACGGUGUAAUAGACAGUGGUUAUCGUGAUGAUAUGACUGUGGAGGAGGCGUAUGAACUCGGCCGGCGUGGUAUUGCUCAUGCCACACACAGAGACGCUUACUCUGGUGGAGUGGUCAACCUGUACCACAUGCAGGAGGAUGGCUGGAUCAAGGUUUGUAAGGAGGACGUGUCAGAGUUAAUCCACAAAUAUAAGAAGGGAAUGUUCUGAUUUGAUCUAACAUUUAUCUGACAGUAAAAAUUAAGUUGUUAUCAAAUCAAAGACGCUUUUGUUGCAUUCUUUAUAA